AUGAGUCCACUUGGAAUCAUGCUUGCUAUUGUCUUCUGCUCUCAGACUGUAGUUGGGGUUGUGGGAAAUUCCUUCCUCGUGUUUCUCUUCACAUUCAUGUUCUUUACUGCACACAAACUGAGGCCCAUAGAUACAAUAUUCAUACAGCUGGCUUGGGCCAACUUCUUGCUGCUGCUCAUCAAGGGCAUCCCUCAGACAAUGGCAGCUUUGGGCCUGAAGAAUUUCCUGGAUGAUGUUGGCUGUAAACUUGUCUUCUACCUUCACAGAGUGGCCCGUGCUCUUUCUCUCAACAUGACCUGCCUCCUGAGUGGCUUUCAGGCCAUCACCAUCAGUCCCAACACUUCCAGGUGGACAAGGCUUAAAACCAGAACCCCAACAUACAUCAUCCCCUGCAGUUUUCUCUCCUGGAUAUUCCAUCUGAUAGUAAAUAUCAGUAUUCCUAUGAGAGCUAAAGGAACAAAGUUCUCCAAAAACAUCUCAAACCUACUGGAUUAUGGGUAUUGUUAUAAUUCAGCAGACUCUACAAUUAAGGUUACACUGAUUGCAGUUGUGGUCUCCCUCCCUGACAUUGCCUGUGUAGGGGUCAUGGUCUUUGCGAGUAGCUACAUGAUAUUGUUUCUAAAAAAGCACCACAAAAGGGUCCAGCACAUCCAUACAUCUAGGCUUUAUCUAAGAGCCCCCCCUGAGAUCAGAGCCACCCAAUCCAUCCUACUGCUGGUGAAUACUUUUGUAAGCUUUUCCUCACUCAAUUCUAUUUUGGUAAUAUAUAUGUCAUUUAAAAACCCAAGACCUUGGAUGUUACAUAGCUCAAACUUCCUGGCCGCCUGUUUCCCGAUUAUAAGUCCAUUUGUGCUGAUCAGCAUGGACUCUCAAGUUCUGAAGUACUGCUGUGUUCUCCGGGAAGCCUUGCACUUUUUGCCUUUCUUGGUGUCCCCAGUGCUUAGCAAAGAACCUAGCCCAUCAUAA